AUGCACUUUCUUUCCAAACUCCUGGCUCUUUCCCUCUCCGCUCCGUCUCGCAUAAAAGAGUUUGCGCCCGACCACCAAUUGCACUGGGAAGAACUGGGAGAAAUCCUCAUGAACCUCAAAGAUCAAGGAGUGCCCGAUCUCGUCCUAAUGAAUGCCCGAUUGCCUACACUGCCACUCUCAAGAUUGUCCAUAAAGGAAUCUCCCGGCAGAGGACGAGGCGUCUUUGCGGCUCAGGAUUGUCAAGAGGGAGACUUGUUAACGUGUUAUCCAGGAGAUUUAAUACUGCAGCCAACCGGAUUUACGCCUGAUCCCAAAGAAGUGGGCAUUCAGGACGAUCAAUUAUUGCAAGAUUUAAUGAGUCGGUAUUGCAUUGGAAUGACGGACGACUGUGCCAUAUUAGGAUUGCCAGAACGGGAUCAGGACAUGGCGUAUGUUGGCCAUUUUAUCAAUGAUGCGUGCCAAGAACCACCUUCCAACGAAGAGGAAUUGGAAGCCUAUUUGGAAGAAUCGCAAGCCAAAGCCAAUGCCCAAUUGAUACCCCUGGAAAACUUGCACAUGGUAGCGCUUGCCACGAGGGAUAUCCAAAAGGACGAAGAAGUCUUUGUCUUUUAUGGACCUAUCUAUUGGAUGGAACAUACUUCCACUUGGAAGGGACAAGUACUGGAGCCUUGA